UCACUGAAAAAUUUGGCAGUCUAGAGAGCAAUGAGUACAGACACAUGGUCUUAAGGGGCAGACAGCUGAUUUGCCGACAGAAGCACCCAGAGAGCCGUUACUUGAAGAAUAUUACUUUGUUGCAUCUGCUUUGAAUCUGGAAACAUUUCUCAUAUUUCAGAACAGCUGUCUAGCUUUGACAGAAAACCUGGUGGAGUGUUUUGUUCACAGGAGAUAUCUUCACUUUUUGUGUCAGAUUGUAGCUGACAGACUGAGUAGCAUGUCAAAAGAGGUGAAGUCAGAGAGCGUGUCGCUGUGUCCUCUGGGCACAGCAGCUGCCCCUGAGCAGGAACCGCUGUGUAUCUUUGGGACGGGGGACUUUGGGCGCUCUCUGGGCCAGCGAUUGCUCCAGUCUGGCUACAAGGUGGUGUACGGCAGCCGCAGACCUCACAGCUGUGGCCCCUUGCCUCAGGGAGCUCAGGUGAUGAGCCAUGCGGCAGCAGCCCAGUCAGCCAGUGUGGUCAUUCUUUGUAUUCACAGAGAACACUAUGACUUCCUGGAGACACUUGCACCUCAACUCAAGGGAAAGGUUCUGGUGGAUGUCAGCAACAACCUCAAGAAGAACGUAUACCCAGAGGCCAAUGCUGAGUACCUGCAUAAGCUGAUCCCUGGAGCUCAUGUGGUGAAAGCUUUAAACACCUUGUCUGCCUGGGUGCUGCAAAAUGGACCCUCAGAUGCCAGUAGACAGGUGUACUUGUGUGGAAACAAUGUUGUGGCAAAGCAGACAGUAGCAGAGAUGGCCACCAAACUGGGGUUCACUGUUCUGGACCGGGGGUCACUGACUGCAGCCAGAGAGCUGGAGGACUUCCCCCUGCAGCUGUUCCCAGAGUGGAGGCUGCCCCUACGCCUGGCCAUCAGCCUCAGUGCCUUCUUUUUCAUCUAUGUGGUCAUUACAGAUGUUGUCUAUGCAUAUGUUAAAAAUGGGAAAGACAUCUCCUUCAGAAUCAUGGUGUCCCUGGCCAACAAGGUGUUUCCCAUUGUGUCUCUCAUCAUGUUGUCUCUGUGUUACCUGCCCGGUGUCAUAGCUGCCUUCCUUCAGCUUUACAGAGGGACCAAGUACAGGCGUUUCCCAGACUGGCUGGAUCGUUGGAUGCUCUGCAGGAAACAGCUGGGACUGAUAGCACUUGGCUUUGCUUCUCUACAUGUGCUCUACACUCUCAUCAUCCCAAUAAGAUAUUAUGUGAGAUUCAGGCUUGCUGCGAAUACCAUCUCACAGAUCAAGGAGAACCGAACAUCAGAGUUUGACACCGACGUGGCGUGGCGUAGUGACUCUUACUUAUCCAUGGGGAUUCUAGGAUUUGGCUUCUAUGUCGUGUUGGGAAUAACCUCUCUUCCUUCUGUCAGCAAUGCUCUCAGCUGGAGAGAGUUCAGCUUCAUACAGUCCAAGCUGGGAUACGUGACACUGUUCUUCUGUACCUUUCACACCUACCUGUAUGGCUGGAACAGGUUCCUUUUCCCCUCUUCCUACAAAUGGUACACUCCUUCGGCCUACAUGCUCUGUCUGGUGGUGCCUUCUGUGGUGAUAGUGCUCAAGCUGCUGCUCCUCUUGCCCUGUGUGGACCACAGGCUUGUCCGCAUUCGACAGGGCUGGGAGAGGACUGAUCCAGAGGAAGACAGCAACAAAUCACUGCUAAAAUAGGACAAUUACAGACACAAAAUCACUGGUAUGCACAGAAAACAGACAAAAAGACACCCCGGUGACUUGUAUUCCAAGAACUCUAUCAACAGGUGACCUGGCUUAUUGUUUUGGAUGUCAUAGAUCCAACACUAUACAAUUACACCUACUGUUCUUCUCUCUAAUGUCAACAAAGUAAGGUUUUCAUCAGUUAUACAAAUACCUUGGACCUACAUAGAUAAUCAUCACAUGCAUUAAUGCAGCCAUACUGCAUUUUAACAUUACUUUGCUUUUGUAAGGUCUUUUCUUCCACUAGAUUUUAAUUCUUGGUAUAUUCAUUUUCAUCCAAUAUUGUUACAGAAAGACUCUGAGAUCAAUGACUUUGCAGUAUUUCCUUUAAUAACAGCAGCAACAGUUUGACCAACACUAAUUUUUAUAUCUUUGAGUUUCUAAACAACCUUUAUCUAUAGUAUAUGACGGCUUAUGUUUAUUGGAUUGUUUUCUGUGUAUUUCAGUUAUUGGAUUUAAUUCUCAAUGCUUUUCUUUUGUUGUUCCUUAUUAAUGUUCCUAUAUGUCAAGUGUAACCACCACUGUGAAAUGCUUUUCAAAAUAAACACAAGUGUGACUGAA